CUAUGAACGAGGAGCAGUUUGUGAGCAUCGACCUGGACGAUGACAACAUCUGCAGCGUCUGCAAGCUGGGGACCGACAAGGAAACGCUUUCGUUCUGCCACGUGUGUUUUGAGCUGAACAUUGAAGGAGUACCAAAGUCAGAUCUUCUACAUACAAGAUCUUUAAGAGGGCACAGAGACUGCUUUGAAAAAUUCCACUUAAUAGCAAAUCAGGACUGUCCGCGAUCAAAGCUCUCUAAAAGUCCAUAUGCAGAAGUAAAAAAUAUCCUGAGCAGAAAAAUUAGCUGGAUCAUACAGUACGCACAAAACAAGGAUUUAGACUGUGAUCCUGAAAGCUCAAAAACAACCCAGCACCAACUUUUUAACUUCAGACAUCAGACUGAGAGAAAGUUACUCCCACAGGUUGAAUCUCCAGUACCUAGAUACUCUGCGAAAUGGAUAGAUGGAAAUUCUGGGGGCAUCUCGAGCUGCUCACAAACUCUUUUGGAACAAAGAGAAUCCACUGAUUUCAGACUUGGUGUGUUACAAGAAGCAGGUACCACCUUCUGUUGCAGCAGUGUUUUGUGGUCUAAUCACAACCAAGCCCAGAAAGCUGAAAAAGCUGAAGGCGCUUCACUCACCAGUGCUCGUAGAAAGCAUCCUCAGUACAGCAGGGAAGAAUUGACUAUGAUGACUCCUGGAGAGUUAAAGCAACUUAAUGAAAAACUGCUCAAGCAAAUCCAGGAUGUGUUUGAAGAGCUGGCGCAGCAAGUCCAAGAAAAGGACUCUUUGGCCUCAGAGCUCAAUGUCCGUCAUAUUGCUAUUGAGCAGCUGCUGAAGAACUGCUCCAAACUGCCAUGUCUACAGAUGGGACGAGCAGGGAUGAAAUCAAAUGUCCCCAUAUAAAGGGGAUACAGCUUCUAUCCCCCUGUAGAGCUAACUUUCCCAAACAGCUUUGAUAACCAUUCCAUACAGCUGCACAGAUAUCUGGAAGCUCUUGAGGAAUCUGGGGCAGCUUUCUCUUUGCAUUCGUAAUCCAUAAAAUCCACUUUGGCUUUAACAA